GUGAACCUUUAGCGCCGUAAAAGUACGUGGCAGACAGCUUCAACAUGGAGUUAGCCGCUCUGGUCGCCUUGACUCUGUUGCUGGGGGCGCUGGUAGUGCUGGUGGCGCUGGCGGUGGGCAAACGGAAGGAGGAGAUCCAGGAGGAAACGGAGCAGGCCGCGGAGUUUGCCGCUGAAGGGAAUGUUGUGAAGGGCCCUCCAUCCAAGAAGCAGAAGCAGGAGAAGCAGCGCGCCCGCAAAGACAAACCCUCGCAGCACACGUUCAACCAUCCGCUGCUGGCAUCCUCGCUGAAGAGCCACAGUGGGAAUGUGACUUGCCUCGAUUUCAGCAGUAAUGGGAAAUACCUGGCGUCCUGCGCAGACGACCGGACCGUCCGGAUCUGGAGCACCAAAGACUUCCUGGACCGGGAACACAAGUGUUUCAGAGCCAACGUGGAGCUGGAUCACGCGACACUGGUCCGCUUCAGUCCAGACUCCAAGGCGUUCAUCACGUGGCUGGCCAACGGAGACACCAUUCGGAUCUUCAAGAUGAUGAAGAAGGACGACGGCACUUUUACCUUCAAAGCUGCAGCGGAGGAUUUCCCUCAGAAGCACAAAGCUCCCAUCCUCAACAUUGGCAUCGCAGAGACUGGUAAGUUCAUCAUGAGCGCAUCGACUGACACCAGCAUCCACAUCUGGGACCUGAAAGGAGAAGUGCUGGCCUCCAUCAACACCAACCAGAUGACCAAUUCUUAUGCUGCCAUCUCCCCGUGUGGCAGGUUCGUGGCGUCUUGUGGUUUCACUCCGGACGUGAAGGUGUGGGAAGUCUGCUUCGGGAAAACAGGAGAGUUCAGAGAGGUGACGCGAGCCUUCGACCUGAAGGGCCACUCUGCAGGCGUCCAUUCGUUCGCCUUCUCCAACAACUCUCACAGAAUGGUGACGGUCUCCAAAGACGGCACGUGGAAGCUGUGGAACACCGACGUGGAGUACAAGAAGCAGCAGGACCCGUACCUGCUGAAGACCGUCCCCUGCUCGUCCUCCGACGGCAGCCGGGUGGCGCUGUCCCCGGACGGCCGGGUGCUGGCCGUCAGCGACGGCCGCGACGUGGCCAUGUACGACGCCGCCAGCGGCCGGCUGGAGGAGGAGCUGCGCGGCGUCCACGCCACCGAGAUCACCGACCUCAGAUUUGACAUUAACGGCCGCUUCCUGGUGUGCAGCGGCGACAAGGCCAUCAGGGUGUUUCACAACGCGCCGGGCUACCGUGCGGCCAUCGGGGACAUGCAGGACAUGCUGAAGAAGGCACAGAACGAGGCCAUGAAGCAGAGACUGCAGCAGCAGAUCAAAGAGGCGCAGAGCGCUCUGGACGCCGUGCUCGCCGCUGCUCCCAGCGAGUAGAACUCUCGGCUUCAGCCUCGGACUGGUAGUGUUUUUAUUUCCCUGCAGUGUCGACGACUCUCUCUGCUGCUCAGCGAUCCGGACGGAGCAAUGAUCUGAACCGCAUGCCGUUUGAAUAAAGAAUAUCUUUUUAUGGAGCGGUCACAUGA